AUGGGUUCCUUCACACGAGAUCUACUCCAUAAAGACUAUUUUUUUUUGGCCUAUUUUUUUUUUGGCCUAAUUUUUUUUUUGGCCUAUUUUUUUUUGGCCUAUUUUUUUUGGCCUAUUUCAUGACGACUAUUUUUUUUUGGCCUAAUUUUAUUUCGCCUAUUUUUUUUUGGCCUUUUUUUUUUGGCCUAUUUUUUUUUGCCUAUUUUUUUUUGGCCUAAUUUUUUUUGGCCUAUUUUUUUUUUAGCCUAUUUUUUUUUGGCCUAUUUUUUUUUGGCCUAUUUUAUUUUGACAUCUUUUUUUGGACUUUUUUUUGGCCAUUUUUUAGCUAUUUUUUACUAA